AUGACCCCGGCAGCCCGCGUCCUGGCCUCCUGCCUCCUCUGCCUCCGGCUUUCAGCGGACUUCGUGGAAGCAGUGUCAGCCGCGGACGCCGAGGACCCCGCUGCGCUGGUUGACCUGCUGGCCCACUCCGCGCCCCGCAGCGGUGACACCGUCGCGACGGCGUGGAUGAGGAGUCACGGAAGGAAAGGGCACCUCACGGGCCAGCCGAGCACGACGGUUGCGGGCUCGCGGCUGACCUUUCCCGUCCAGGGCCCGGAUCUCAGCGGGAUCGGCAGGGAACGUCGGUCCCCGGAGCAGGCGGCCGUCCCGUUCGGAGCUGCCGCCGGCCGACGCUCCGGCCUUUCCGCCUCGGUCCUGCGAGGUCUCCGGUGCUCCUCCGCCGGCGAUCUGCCCGCCGCCGAGAUCCUGUCGCUUGCCAAGGGGCUGCGGAGCGGGAGGGUCGCGCUGAGCAGCCCCCAGUUAUCCUGCCUGGCCAAACUGCUUGCUGCAAAGAACCUGACAGCCGACUUCGCCAGCUACCCACCAGACGUGCUGCUGUUCUUCGACUUUGCCAACGUACGCAACCAGACCUGCAAAGCAUUUUACACUCUGGCUUCUCGAGGGAACCUAGACCUGUUGCCGAAAGGCUCGACCCAAAGGACACGGCUCCUGCGCGGGGCACUAGCGUGCUUGGGAGUGAGCGGCGCCAGCCUGAGUCCAGAGCAUCUCGGCAGCCUUGGUGCCCUGGUGUGUGACAUGGAGCCGGCGACCAUCACAGCCUCUGACUCCAGUGUCCUGGAGAACCUGAAGCUGUGCCCAGCGUUGUCCAGAGCCCAGCAAGCCGCCCUCAACGCCGUACUCCUCCGGGGUGCCACGGUGUACGGGUAUCCUUUGUCCUGGGAUUUAAGGAUUCUGCAAAGCUUGGGGCCACUCGUGCUGAGUUUGAACCAGACAGUUUUGACUUCAGUGGCUGAAGAGGUGAGGAAGGCUUUCUGCAGAAGCAUUGCUGCUGAGUACCGCAGCCAAGGUGUCUCCCAGAGGGAGAAAUCUGUGGCCCUCCUAAAAGCCUUUGCAACAGCCUCUUCUUCGUCUCGACGCAGGUUUAAGCGGAGCACAAAACACUGCCUGUCUGCACCAAUCGUCGCCAGCACCAUCUCAGACCCCCUCUUCCUCAUCAGCUACGACACCAGCGAGCAGUUUGAUCUGUGCCUGAGUAACGAGGUUUUAAAAGCAAACCUGGCACCUCUGCUGGAUCAGCCUCUCACUGCGGAGUAUCUUCAUGUCAUGAAAAAAAAAAUCAGCGAGAUUUACCCCAAGGGGAUCCCAGAGGACCAGUUAAAGCUGUUUGGGCAGUUGUCCCACCAGUACACCGCAGAGGAGAUCAGCAUGUGGAGGGUGACAUCCAGUGACACACUCUCAGCUCUGCUUGACCCCAUGGCUGGCAAGUGGAAAGCUCCCGAGGUCCAGCAUCUGAUCACCAGAUACUUGGAUCUAGGGGGCACCUUAACUGGGCCCUUGCUUCAGAAAAUUGGUGGCAGAAACCUGUGUAACCUGGCUGAGGAGCAUAUCAGUAGAAUAACUCCAGAAGCAAUAGGGUGCGCUGGACAAUUAGACAUUUCUUCUUGUUCUCAAGCCAAAAAGAACCAACUCUACAUAAAAGCCCAGGAGGCCUUUGCUGGCGAGGCGGGCACCAGGGCAUAUUAUUUCCUGAUUCAGCCAUAUUUGGGUGGAGCUCCAGCAAAGGACCUGAAAGACUUGGCUAAAACUGGUAUUGCCAUGGACAUCGACACCUUUACUGCCCUAAAUCCUGAAGAAUUGCAGAAACUCACUGUCAUGGAUGUGAAAAAUUUGCUCGGGGUAAACCUACCUGAUCUGAAGCAAGCAGAAAAUCAUCCUUCUGUGAUCGGCUGGAUCAAGAGACAGGACCAGUGGGAGCUGGACCACAUCCUGGGAAUUGGCCUGCAAGGGGGGAUGGUGGAGCCCAGCUCCACGGGAUCUGCCACCCCUGCUAACAUCACCCCCUCAGCCAGUAUCGCCCCCACGACCACUGUCCUCGCCACCACUGCUGUCCCCACUGUCACCAUCCCCGGCACCAUUAACAGCCACACUACUAUUAGUUCAAGUAUCGGCACCCGUACGUCCCCGACCCUGAGCGCUCUCAGCCCGAUCGCACCGAGCGGCACUCCCCCACCCGCUCACACAACCCUCCCCAGUGCUGGUGGGAGUCCUGCUGUCACCUCUGGACUCACAGCCCGACCUGCUCAGACCCCUAGCUCCACGAACCCAUGCUCUACCCACCAGUCUGGCACCUCAAAGGUGACCACCUCCCCAACUACUGCCCUCCUCACCACCAUCCUUGCUGCAGUCAACCCCAGCACCGUCUCCCCCAGCUUCCCCCCAUCCCCUGCUCUCACACACAACUCCACCACUACUUCAAAUGCUGUUACUCACCUGGCCGUUACCACCCACAAUACCAGCAUCCCAGUAAAUGGGGGUACUGCCAACCCAGCUCCUACCAGCCACAAUACCACCACUCCAAGUACCCACAGUGCUUUUAGUGCCCUUGUCCCUAACACCACUUCUGCUCCUGUUGUCACCACAGCCACGCAAACAAACAUCAUCCCCAACAAGCCCACCCCAAUUCCCAGAACCUCCAUCUCUACCCAAAAGGGUGUCAUCUCCUCAACUGUCAAGACGACAACAUUCACUUGCAAGACUGGUGCCCCUCCAGCAUUUCUCAGCCCCUCUUCCACCACAACCAGCAGUGAGACCACUAAGAAAAUACCUACAGAUGUGCCAGAGCCGCAGAACCCAACACCCGUCGGAUACAUCAAUCUACAACCUGAACCUGGCUCCGGAUCCAGGCUCUCCUCCCGCUUACUGCACGUACUCACUGCAGCCAUGGGAAUCUCACUGUUGCAAGUGCUUUUCUGA